AUGCGUGCAUUGGAGAAAUGUAACAAGCUCUCUAGCUCUGAAGACCUCGACUGUUUUGCUGGGGUCACUUGUAUGGCCGAGAACUCGGUGGCCGGAAGCGAGAUUAUUUGCUCUUUUAAUCAGCAGCAAGGCGCUGUGGCCACUUCCGUAAGGAGUUUGGUUUCUAUAAAAGCACACAAGGCUGAAGACGACUGCAUUUCUCAAAGAGCGCUGUACGGACGAGCUUCCACGUCGCGAAGGUGA